UUGGUAAACAUGGAUUUUACAGAGGAACACUACUAUAAACUGAACAGAAUAAUUAUGGUGUGUCUCGGCUUGUGGCCUUACAACACUUCAGCCUUCAGGAAGAUACAAAUUAUAUUUUAUGAAGCAUUACUCAUAUCAUUCUCAUUAUGUCAGCUCAACGUGUUUCUCAUGAAAGACUGCAGUAUUGCAGCUACCAUGAGAAUAUGCAUGUUUCUGUUUUGUAAUCUUUUUUUUAUUAUAAAAUAUACUGGAGGGUUGCUACUCACUGAUAGCUUCAAGUACAUUUUCAGUAGGCUUCGCUACGAUUGGAACAUAUUGAAAAAUCAGACGGAAUUCGAAAUAAUACAAAAACAUGCAGACAAGACAAGAUUCUAUACGAUCAUUUUUAUGCUCAUAGCUACUUCUGUAGUCCUGGGAGUAAUCUCAUUAGCUUUUGCGUCAACUAUACUUGAUAUAAUUAUACCAUUGAACGAAUCACGACCGUUACGGUUACCAAUUGAAGUAGAAUACUUCGUCGAUCAACAAAGAUAUUUCUAUGCUAUAUCACUACAUAUGGGCAUGACCUUCUAUGCUGGUAUGAUGAUAAUGACGGCCAUUACAACAAUAUUUAUAGCAUACGUAUCGCAUAAUUGCGCCAUAUUUGAAAUUGUCAGCUAUCGACUAGAACAUAUGUUUGACGAAAAAAUAUUAGAAAUGUCAAAAGAUAUUAGGGAACAUAUACUACAUGAGAGAUUAAUUGAUGCAGUACAUCUUCAUUGCAGAGCUGUGGAUAUGACCAAUGUUUUGACGGACAACUUUGCGACACUAUUUUUCAUAUUGAUAGUAACUGGAGUGGCUUGUACGACAUUCAGUGUUUUUCAUAUAUUUUAUCUGAUGACGCUCUUAAACGAAAUUGCUAUAAUUGAUUUAAUAUCGGGUGUCGGCUGUGUACUUUUUCAAUUCUAUGCUUUAUUUACGGGAAAUUAUAUUGGACAAGAUCUCAUAGACAUCAGUGCAAAUGUUUUUCAAGCAUCGCAGACUGUAUAUCUCUGUGUACAUAUUAACAGAUAUAAUAUGGAAUGGUACGCAGCACCACUGUGGUUACAGAAAUUGAUAUUGUUCAUCAUGCAGAAAAGUAUCAUCCAUGCUACUUUAAAAGCUGGAGGUUUAUUUGAGGGAUCGUUAGAAGGUUUUGCCAGGCUCAUAAGUAUGACGACAUCAUAUGUUAUGUUUAUACAUUCUACGUGAGCUCCUAAAGAUCCACAAGAGGAUUACUAAUUAUAUAAUAAUUUGCUUGAAGUUGGCUUGAAAUAGAAGAGAUGUUGAAUGUAUAGUAUAUGUACUCUGUAGCGUACUAAUAAACUAAAUUUGUCGAAUGAAUGUA